AUGUUCAGAGUUAAGGAACUGCUCCUUUCGCGGAAGACCUUCAACACUCCCAUCUUUCAAACCCAUUUGAGUUGCUUUCGCUGGUAUGGCUAUGUGGCCUCCGAGGAUCAGAAGAAGGCCUGGUUUAGCCUCCUUCGCUGCACUGUCUUUACGGCCUCCAUUUGGCUGAGCUGUGCCCUGAUGCUAGGACGGGUUUUUCGCGGCUACGAGAAGCUCAUCGAUGGAGCCACGAGUUGUGCCACUGCGGUUCAGUAUUUCACAGUGUCCAUUGCCACCUUGAAUGCAUAUGUGCAGCGGGAUAGAGUUAUUGCCCUUCUUCGCCUGGUCCACUCGGAUCUUGAAAACUUUAUGACCGAAGCCGACGAUCAGGAGUUGGAGCUUCUGGCCAUAACGCAGGUGUACACCCGCACCAUUACCCUGAUCCUCUGGGUGCCAUCGGUGGUGGCUGGCUUGAUUGCCUAUUUGGACUGUAUUUACAGGACUUUCUUUCUGCCCCAGACUGUAUUCAAUAUGCCGGCGGUUAAACGGGGCGAGGAGCAGCCUAUUUUGCUUUUUCAGCUCUUUCCCUUUGGCGAACUUUGCGAUAACUUUGUGAUUGGUUAUCUUGGACCCUGUUAUGCCCUGGCCUUGGGUAUCACCACCAUCCCGCUGUGGCAUACCUUCAUAACGUGUCUCAUGAAGUAUGUGAACCUCAAGCUGCAGAUACUGAAUAAGAGAGUGCGGGAAAUGGAUAUCACCAGACUAAAUCCCAACUUGGUUAUAGAUCGCCUGACACCCAGUGAGCUGACUCAUUGGCGAAUGCAACUCUGCAAGGAGUUUGUAGAGGAGCAGCUCAGGAUUCGAAAGUUUGUCCAGGAAUUGCAGAAUCUGAUUCGUGUGCCCGUUAUGGCCGAUUUCAUGAUCUUUUCGGUGCUCAUGUGCUUUCUUUUCUUUGCCUUAACAGUGGGGGUGCCCAGCAAGAUGGACUACUUCUUCAUGUUUAUCUAUCUUUUUGUGAUGGCUGGCAUACUGUGGAUGUACCAUUGGCAUGCCACUUUAAUUGUUGAAUGUCACGACGAACUAUCCUUGGCGUACUACUCCUGCGAAUGGUACACCUUCGAGAUACCUGUCCAGCGAAUGCUGCUCUUUGUGAUGAUGCAUGCCCAGCGGCCGAUGAGGAUGCGCGCCCUGCUGGUCGAUCUGAAUCUGAGGACCUUCAUAGAUAUUGUGCGUGGGGCCUACAGCUACUUCAACCUGCUGCGUAGCUCCCACUUGUAUUAG